AUCAUCUUGACCGCAUCAGAGUAGAUCAUUUGACAGAGGGAGUAGAAGUAAACUGUGUUCCCGAGGAGCAGGAUAUAUUUGCUCAAAAUGAUGUUGAGUGUCGACUUUCCAAUUUGUUUAUGUCAACAACAAUGGUGUGGACAUGUGUGAACCAGGUUUUGUGGUUGACGAAGAGGAGCAUGCCCCUUCUUAUAAGAGACAUACCCUUCUUUUCCAAACAAGCAAAAAACCAGAGGAAAUGGAGGUUGAGAAGGCCACAAGAGGCCAUGUCCUGGUGCUUCCCUACACAACUCAAGGUCACAUAAAUCCCAUGCUCCAGUUUUCUCGGCGCCUCACACACAAGGGCCUCAGGGUCACCCUGGUCACCACCAUCCAGAACCUCAAGGACAUGCGCAAGGCGAACCCCUCCGAUCCCGACUUCGUCAGCAUUGAACUCAUCUCCGAUGGCUUCGACGAUGGCUUGCCCUCAGAGUUUACAGUCGAUGCGUAUCUUGCUACCCUGGAACGCGUUGGGUCUCUGACACUCGACAGUCUCCUUGCUCGACUCAGUGUCGAAGGUUCUCGACCUCUCUGCAUCAUCUACGACUCGUUCCUUCCAUGGGUCCUAGAUGUUGCACAUGCCCAUGGCAUCUUAGGUGCCACCUACCACACACAGUCUUGUGCCGUAAACACGAUUUAUCGACACUUGCAUGGAAAAUUUUCAGGUAAAGAAACAAAGCUUGAAUUGCCUCUUUCUCUUCCAGGGAUGCCCCUUUUGGACUCUUUGGAUCUCCCCUCUUUAAUUGCACAGCCAGAAGCCUACCCUGCUUACUUAAAAUUGGUAAUGGAGCAGUUCAGGAACAUGGACAAGGCAGAUUUUGUGCUAGAGAACUCAUUUGAAAGCUUGGAGGGAGAAUUCAGCAGAGAACUGGCCAAGGGGUUGCCCAUAAAGAUGAUCGGACCGGCAGUCCCCUCUGCGUACUUGGACAACAGGAUUCCGGACGAUAAAGGUCCCACGGCCCAUCUAUGCAAGGCGGUAGAUUGCCUGAAUUGGCUCGACGAGAGGCCUUUUCGAUCGACAGUGUAUGCUGCAUUUGGAAGCCUAGUGAGCAUGGCUGUGGAGCAAAUGGAGGAGAUUGCCUGGGGUCUACACGCGAGCAAGAGACCUUUCGUGUGGGUCGUUAAGCCGCCACCCAUAUACCUAGAGGGGGGAAAUCUGUUGCCUAAGGGAUUCUCCGAGGCCACGAUCGAUCAAGGCAUCGUUGUCCCGUGGUGCCCUCAGCUCGAGGUGCUAUCACACACAGCAACUGCUUGUUUCUUGACUCACUGUGGCUGGAACUCUACGCUCGAGGGGCUAAGCCUCGGAGUGCCAAUGGUGGCAGUCCCGCAGUGGACAGACCAACCGACAGACGCUAAGUUUGUAUCGGACGUGUGGCAAGUCGGCAUUCGUGCGAAAGCCGAUGACAGGGGGAUUGUUUGCCGAGACGAAGUGGCAAAGUGUUUGAGAGAUGUCCUGGACGACGACAGAGCAGCUCAGAUAAGGAGGAAUGCAGAGAGGUGGAGAGAGUUGGCUAAGGAGGCUCUGGAUGAGGGGGGUAGCUCAGAUAGAAAUAUUGAUGAAUUUGUGGCUGCUGUGUUAGAAAAUAAGGAUUCGGGCCGAGACUCGCUGGGGGUCGGGGGACCCAAUCAGGCUUGAAAGACUCGUUUUAUACUUGGCCGAGUCCAAGCUGAAGGACUAAUAUCACAUAAGGAAUUCCUUCGCCACACGUAACCAGUUCCUAUCUGCUUGGUUUCGGACUCAAAGUUAGUAGUGAGUCUAACUCGGACGUGUCUGAGUCGGACUUGCCAUGUUUUUCCUACAGUGGUUUUAUGUAUCAUACACUCGUAUUGUGCGUAAUACAGCACGGGGGAUUCUAUCCUCAUCUACUAAGAUGGAUGGUGUAGAAUAGCUGUGCCGUGGUGAAUAUCCAUCACUUGAUCUCGGCUCGAUCUCCAUCGUCCUUUAUUGGAAAUUAACGGCGGAUGUACUCUAUGGUGAUCUUUUUAGUAGAUCAAAACUACUGGACUUUUUUGUGUUUUUUGGGAUGGGUGUGUGUGUGAAUAAUUAUUUUGGGGUUUCUGAACCAUAGUUUCUCCUAAAGAGAAGCAGCAUGCCAUGUGCUGUUUGUCUAUUUCUAAGCAGUAUGCCAUGUGCUCUAUGUCUAUUUCUGAACUGUAAUGAUUCUCUCU